AUGGCCGAGCUCCCGUCGAAGGUGCACCUCAUCUUGCACCCCAUCUCCCUGAGGAUCCGUGGGCCCUCGGUGUACAAGGACGAUAAGCAGCGCACGUGGCUGCAUCUUGUCAUGGAGACAGGAGGUGUCCUGCAAGUACGGUUGCUCCAGAAAGACAUCCCCAGUGGGCAUAUCACACUCACCACCAGCCCACAGACAUCGACCAACAUGCCUUCGUGGUGGACGCUCCAGCUUGGCAACCGGUACGUGGAUUCCAUGAGACGGUUCUGGCGCAUCGUCCACCACGUCAAGGAGGAUGGAGUGGAGGAAAUGAUGCUUGAGCUGAUAAACAACUCCUAG